GGCCGGCACAGACUUAAAAGAAGAGCCCCCUGCCCCGCCGAUUCGGUCAUCCGCUCCGGGCAUGCUCAGUGGCCACGCCCUGCAGCUCCAGAACCGGGUUCGAAUCCCCGCGCGCUGCGCAGAUCCACUGGGUCAGGCUGCCUGCUCCGCGCGGUGGCCCUGGCAUCCUCCGGAAGGCGCAGGUCGGGGGCGGGGACCGCGUUUCAUGGGAAGUUUUACCAGCUGAUGGGAACCCGCCAGUACAGCUCUAGUGAGCUAGUGCGACCCGGGGUGCCCACAUCGGGGCCUGAAAGACCCUCUUUUAGGUAGGAUUUUGCCUGCUAGCGCUAUGAUGGAUGGGGAAACUGUGGCCCGGAAGGGGACAGACUGGCUCAAGGUCGCCAAUCACAGUCUGACACAAUCACAGUUUUGACGGUGUCAGGGACCCUUUUCUCGGUGUGUCCGGAACAGCCACUUUUGUGGUUGUGGAUUGUAGUGGAUUGAAUCCUGAUGUCCCAUUCUGUCCCGUCUGGAGGUGAGUAGGAGGAAACUGAGGCUCAAAGAAGUGGAAUCUUUUGCUGUUCCCACUAAGCCCAGAGAAGUCAGAUGAGGACCAGAGAGGAUGGACCAGGACCUUGUCCAAGGUGACCCAGCUGGCAGGCCGUGGAGUCAGGCUCUCAACCCAGGCCUUUCAUCUCUGACAGAGGCAAGGAAGGAGUCUCUCGCUCCGGUUCCCGCUGCUCCUGCUGCUGCUGCUGUCUCCGCUCCCCGCCCUACCCGCGGACCCUGGGGUGCCCGCACCGGUCAAUCCCUGUUGUUACUAUCCGUGUCAGAACCAGGGCAUCUGUGUCCGCUUUGGCCUUGACCGCUACCAGUGUGAUUGUACCCGCACGGGCUACUCCGGCCCCAACUGUACCAUCCCUGAUCUCUGGACCUGGCUCCGGAAUUCCCUGCGGCCCAGCCCCUCCUUUGUCCACUUCCUGCUAACACACGGGAGCUGGUUCUGGGAGUUUGUGAAUGCCACCUUCAUCAGAGAAACACUCAUGCGCCUGGUACUCACAGUGCGAUCCAACCUUAUCCCCAGCCCCCCGACCUACAACUUAGCACACGACUACGUCAGUUGGGAGUCCUUCUCCAAUGUGAGCUAUUAUACUCGUGUUCUGCCCUCGGUUCCCAAAGACUGUCCCACGCCCAUGGGGACCAAAGGGAAGAAGCAGCUGCCAGAUGUCCAGCUCCUGGCCCAACGAUUACUGCUUAGGAGGAAGUUCAUCCCUGCCCCCCAGGGGACCAACCUCUUGUUUGCCUUCUUUGCACAACACUUCACACACCAGUUCUUUAAAACUUCUGGAAAGAUGGGUCCUGGCUUUACCAAGGCCUUGGGCCAUGGGGUAGAUCUUGGUCACAUUUAUGGCGAUAAUCUGGAACGUCAAUACCACCUAAGGCUCUUUAAGGAUGGGAAACUCAAGUACCAGGUGCUGGACGGAGAGGUGUACCCACCGUCAGUGCUGCAGGCGCCGGUGUUGAUGCGCUACCCACCGGGUGUCCCUCGUGAGAAGCAGAUGGCCAUGGGCCAGGAAGUGUUCGGGCUGCUUCCGGGGCUGGUCCUCAUGUCCACUGUAUGGGUCCGAGAGCACAACCGGGUGUGUGACCUGCUGAAGGCAGAGCACCCCACCUGGGACGAUGAACAGCUCUUCCAGACCACUCGCCUCAUUCUCAUAGGGGAGACCAUCAAGAUCAUCAUUGAGGAGUAUGUGCAGCAUUUGAGUGGCUACUUCUUGCAGCUCAAGUUUGACCCAGAGCUGCUGUUCAGAGUCCAGUUCCAGUACCGCAAUCGCAUUGCCAUUGAGUUCAACCAUCUUUACCACUGGCACCCGCUCAUGCCUGACUCCUUCAAAGUGGGCUCACGAGAGUACAGCUAUGAGCAGUUCUUGUUCAACACCUCCAUGUUGGUGGACUAUGGUGUUGAGGCCCUGGUGGAUGCUUUCUCUCGCCAGAGGGCUGGCCGGAUUGGUGGUGGCAGGAACUUUGAUCACCAUGUGCUGCACGUGGCCAUAGAGAUCAUCAAAGAGGCCCGAGAGAUGCGGUUACAGCCCUUCAAUGAGUACCGCAAGAGGUUUGGCAUGAAGCCCUACACCUCUUUCCAGGAGCUCACAGGAGAGAAGGAGAUGGCUGCUGAGUUGGAGGAGCUGUAUGGAGACAUCGACGCAUUGGAGUUCUAUCCUGGGUUGCUUCUUGAAAAGUGCCAGCCUAACUCCAUCUUUGGGGAGAGUAUGAUAGAGAUUGGGGCUCCCUUUUCCCUCAAGGGUCUCCUAGGGAAUCCCAUCUGCUCUCCAGAGUACUGGAAGCCCAGCACUUUCGGUGGUGAGAUGGGAUUCAAUCUUGUCAACACAGCCUCGCUGAAGAAACUGAUCUGUCUCAACACCAAGACCUGCCCCUAUGUUUCCUUCCAAGUGCCAGACUUGAGUGCAGACAAUGGGCCUGAUGUAGAGCGACCAUCCACAGAGCUCUGAGGAUGCAGCAAGCAGCAUUUUGGAGGGAAGAGCUUUGUGCUUGUCCUUCUAGGACACAGGCUGAAGAAGAUAGCCUUUAACAUCGAUUUUCUGGCUUGGCAGUGUGAGGGUUGGCACUGACAUUUAGAACUUUGGGUCUCACGUUUGUCUGGAAUAUUGUGACAUUUGCCAUUCUAGAAUGCUGAAUUCCUUGUUAACCCUUCAGAAUGUUAGGAGUGGUUUUCAUCUGACUUCCCAGAACUUGACUCCUGGUUGGCAGUCUAAAAAAUCAGAUUUCUGGUUGAUUUGGCAUAAAACUUUAGAACAUAGGGCCUGGCAUGGUGAUUUAGUCUCAACACUUGGGAGGCCCCAGGCAGGUGGAUUUCUGUGAGUUUGAGGCCAGCCUGGUCUACAUAGUAAGACCCUGUCUCAAAACAAAUAAACAAAUAAACAAACAAACAGAAUACAGAGCUCCUGACCAAAGCUCCUUGAAAAGUUAAGUGAUUCUUAAUUUUCAUUCUAGAAUGCGGGUAGGUAGGCUCCAGAAUGUUGUCUGUCUGAUUGGUGACACAAAAUGUCAUGUUCCUGGUUGAUGAUCCAGAACACGAGUCAGACCAGUCCUGACCAGAAUGUCUAGAAUGUUGAAUUCAUUUUCCUGUUCAGUGAAGGACAGAGCAGAAGAACCCAGUGCCCAACAAGAUUGCAUUGCUGGACUCUGCUUGCACUGAGGGGGCAAGGAUGUGGAGUAGUGUUCUUGAAAUCCCACUUUGAUCUUGGGCCAAGGAUGUGGAAAGAGCAGGUGGGCUUUUCCAUGACCUUGGCUGGAAGCUACCAGAGCGCCAACCCCUUUACUCAGGGCAGCUGUUUCUCAUGAAGCUAAUAAAAUUCUUUUUCCAAAGUG